UAUGAGCCAGAGAUCAGAGCAGUGCGGGGAUGUGCGUGUGUGCACAGAUAUAGCAAGGUGCUGUGCAGAUACCCUCCCAGCCAGGUUUUCUCUUGCACAGUUCUCUGAUUCUGUGCUAUCUGGCAGAUCUUUUCUCUCUCUUUUUUUUUUUUUCUUUCCCCUCCACUGCUCCACUUCAAACAUGUCUACAGAGCAGAGCUUCUGAAAGGGCAUUUCCUGCAGCAUAUCUUCCUGAAAACAGCUCUCCUCUCUUCUCUUCAGAAGAGUCAUCAGCUACCAUGGUGGGGAUAGCAGCAAUGAGGACAUGGAUUGAGCCAGUGGUUGCUGGCUCCCAGGUGGCCAGUGCCUUCUACGACACAGGGCUGCUGGUGGUGGUGAAGAACUACUACAACCAAACCAACUCGACCUCUCCUUCUCACUCCCUGCAAGAUGCUCAGCAGAAGGCCGUCUCUAAUUUCUAUAUCAUCUACAACCUAGUCCUGGGCCUGAGCCCGCUGGCAUCAGCCUACGGCUUGUCUAAGCUUGGGGACAAGGUGCACCGGAAGAUCCCUAUCUCCUUCCCUCUUUUUGGCUACUUGGGCUCCAAAUCUCUCCUGCUCCUCUUGAUCCUGCUGGAUUGGCCAAUCGAGGUGAUGUAUGGGGCUGCUGCUUUCAAUGGGCUGACAGGCGGUUUCACCACACUCUGGGCAGGCAUCAUGGCUCUGGGAUCCUUGGGCUCCUCUGAGAGCAGGAGGUCUCUGCGACUUAUAGUUAUUGAGCUGGUGUACGGCCUAGCCGGCUUCCUGGGAAGCAUGGUAUCAGGGUACCUCUUUGUUGGAUUCAGUGACCACUAUCGAGAGGGCACGGUGCUAGUGGGCUGCAGCAUUGCUUGCUAUGCUUUCUGUCUCCUCUACAGUAUUUUUGUCCUGAAAGUCCCCAAGCCAGCAGCUCCCUGCCCAGCCAAAGCCAAGAGCACGGGGGACGGCGGUAGCCAGCUGCCAGUCGGUACAGGAGCCGCAAGAAAUUCCCACUCUUCUGAAAGCAGCAACCUUACUCCAGUAGCACCCUCAAAACUUAUCAUUGUCAUGCUCUUUGUUGGGGCGAUCCUGUAUGACCUUGCGGUGGUUGGUGCAAUGAACGUGCUCCCACUCUUCUUGCUCAAGGAGCCCUUAAGCUGGAACCCUGUGGAGAUUGGCCAUGGCAAUGCUGCUGGGUAUGUGAUCUUCGUCACCAGCUUCCUAGGGGUAUUUGUGUUCUCUAAGUAUUUAAGGGAUACUACAAUUAUCAUGAUUGGAAUGGUAUCCUUCAGCGCUGGCAUCCUCAUUAUGGCCUUCGUGCGGUGGACCUUCUUGUUCUACAUUGCACGGGCAGUGAUGCUCUUUGCCCUCAUCCCCCUACCAACCAUCAGGUCCAUGUUAUCCAAGCAUGUUGAAGGAUCAUCUUAUGGUAAGGUGUUUGUCCUGCUGCAGUUGUCCUUAGUCAUCACGGGAGUCGUGACAUCUACCGUCUACAACAAGAUCUAUCAAAGCACACUGGACUGGUACAGCGGGUUCUGCUUCAUUCUGUCUUUCCUAUUUGGCUGCCUAAGUCUCCUCCCUUUAAGCAUCGUGGCCUUCAAACAACGUUCAACCACUGGUUCCCUUCAAAUUCUGACAGAGUGACAGAGCUGCAGCAGCUAAAACCUCAGAAAAUUAUCUGAGCUGUCCAAGGGGAAGGCUUGCUAAGCAUUAGUCCCUACAGAUUUGAAAGUGAAAAACAUCUGUGUUUCUAUUUCACUGCACAACCUCUUAGACACUAAACUCAACCAGGACAGAGAAGUUGGCCUUGAUACAUACUAUGCAAGAUGCUGCACUGCACAGAUGUCCUGCCUAUUGCACACCAGCUGCCUUUAGAGCAUUUUGGUUUCCCUCUAGGCUGCUUAGCAGCAAGGACUUAAUAGGGCAGAUGGACAAGAAGAGGAUAGAAACAAAAACUGUUUUAGCCAUGCUGUUCAAUUUGGAAGAGGGAAGCUGAGGAUCAGCCCUAGUUUUCCAUUAGUUCUCUUCUUGUCUGUUCAAUUAGAAAUCUCAAGGCAGUCCUGUGACUUUGGCUUACUAUGCUGCAUGUGCAUGGUGGUCAGCAGGACUCAGUCUAAUGAGCGUUAGAGACAAGUAUGAAGAGGUGUCAUCCCAGCUAACUGAGGUUGCAAAGAGCACUAAAAUACAGAAAUAUCACUUAAAAAAAAAAAAAAAAACCCACAC